AUGUCUCCUAAAUAGAUUUAUCAGGAUAAAAGCAGAGAGCCUAAUCACCUGAGAAAAAAUUCACUGUUAAAUUGUUCAGUCAAACAGUUCCAAUAAGUUGUUUUGAUGAAGCCAAAUUUAUUGAUUUAGUUUAAUAAGUCAAUGCUUAUGAAAUAGAAAUUAACUGGUAAUUGCAUUUAAACAACGAAAACUCAAUUAAAUGUUGAUGAACUCCUUGACGAUAAUACAGACACUGUGUAUGUUUCUACUAGAGUAGAAAGAAAUGAUGUGAUCAAAUGCAUUGUCAAAGCUCCCGAGGAUGCUACUGUUAAUGUGACUAAGAGUAUUACGGAGACAUUGACUUUUGAUAUAAAUGAAUAAGCUUUUGUAUUCUAUGGAAGAGACAAAUAAGAAUAUCUAAUUGAUGUGAGUAAAAAGGAUUGUUUCUCCUAAAAGAGAACAGUAUUUUUAUAAGGGAAUGCUGAUGUGAAAAUUGAAUUUGAUUUAGUUAGUUGUGUUGAAACCACCUUGUAAUUUAGAGCCUACAAUAUUCUCUUAAGAAGUGGAUCGCACAAAGAUAUUGAGAAUUGCAGACUAGAAAUAUUUUAAUCUGAUUAAGCAGAUCAAGAACCUAUAGUAGGCAUGACCAACGAUUAAGGAUUCUAUAGUUGUCCAGGAUUGAUGUUUAAAUAAGUGAGAGUACAUGCAUAAAGAAAAGGAUUCUUGUAAGUAUCAUAUGAUUUUGACGUGCUUGCUAAUUCUACAGGGUAGUUACUAAAUAUUCCUAUGAUCCCAGACUAUUAUAGUCUUAUUAAUCAAUAUCAUAUUCUGAUAUAUGUUCCAAAUAAGAAUAACUUUUAAUUAGACUUCGCACUUGUUUGUCCAGAUGGCACAAAAAUAGAUUCUAAAAAUAGACAGCAUAAUGUGAUGAAGUCAAAAUUGGAGAUAAAUAGAAUUAAUUAGUCGACAAUGUUAUGGAAUUUUUCUGUUCAUGUUUAAUCCCUAAAUCCAUUUUUACCUGACAAUUGUUUCCAGUUCUUCAUUAAUAAUUAAAAGCCUAAACGCACUCUACUUUGUUAAGAGCCAUUGUCACCUUAAUGCAAGGAAAAUGGAGUUAGCAGUGCUGCAAAAGCAUCGUGUUUCAAGACUGUUAAUUUGAAUGAGAUGUUCCUAAAAACAAGAGUUAUGUAAACAGAAAUUAAGACAUUUGUGAGAUAGGAGAGUGAUGUAAUAGCUUAAAAGAUCAAUAACUAUUGUGCAGAGGAAUCUGUUAGAAUAUUUGUUACUUUUGGACACAAAGUGUUGGAGACAUUCAUGAUUUAGAGCAAUUUAUUAAUGCAUAAUGAGAAAUGCUUUGGAGUGAUUGAUUUGGAUAAGAGGUCAUUUAUUAGAGAUAACGAAGUGAGUUAACAAAAUAUUAAAAGAAAUCUUUCAAAGAUGCCCACAUUCAAGAGAGACUAAAAGGGAGGGAAUGAGGAUAGAACUAUGACUACAAUUUUAUCCCACAUCACAAAUUAAAGAUUUUAGGAAUGAGAUUUAUAUUAUAAAUUUACUAUUAAUAUUAUUUGAAUGUUUAA